GGUUCAGUGACAUGUCAUGGUGAUAAAGUGAAGAAUGCCAACUGUCCUAAAGAUCAAUACAUGGUGGUCAAGUUUGCAUCUUGUCGUGGAUUGCUUGCACCAAAAACAUGUGGUUCAAGUGAUGAUUAUAGUUGUGAAGUUGAUGUAACAUGUCGUGUUAAGAAACAAUGCGAUGGUCUACAUGAGUGUAAUAUAACUGUGGAUGACAAUUUGUUCUCUGUUGAUCUAUGUCCUGGAUUGUCAAACUAUCUUUACUUUGAAUAUCAAUGUAUUGAUACUGUGAAACCUUACAAAGAACCUUGUGGUAUGCAUGGGUAUAAGUAUGAUAAUUCGAGUUGCGCACAAGACAGGACCAUGGUGUUUAAAAAUGUUGAACUUCGAUUUUGCACACACUUGUCACGUGCAUGUUACCCACGUAAUAGAAAAUAUCCAUUAUAGCCUUACAUGGCAAAAUAAUCAGUAACUUAAGUUGUUUUUUUCGUGUUUUGUAGUUCAUGAUGUGUCUCUAUCAAAUUCAUCUCUACCUUACGAAGGUCUUGUACAAAUUACCACUGAUAGUGGGACCAAGAAUGUUUGUUGGGAAAGUUUACAACAAAAUCACAGGGCCAAGGAGACUGUUUGUCGUCACCUGGGAUACAGUUAUGGCGCAUACUUCCUUGUUAAAAUAACCACUCCACCGGAUGCCAAAAAUGCAACAUUUUCUGGAAGUUUUGACUGUAGUUAUCGAGACAGAUACUUAUCCCAGUGUUCAAUUAAUUCUUCGGCUAGCGAAAGUUGUUCUGAGUUAGCAUACAUACAAUGUAAGUGUGACAAGAUGAAACGAAUAGAAUGCAGAGAUAAAAGAAAGUAGUAAAAGAUAUAAAAAGAAAUAGAAAAUAAAUAAAUAGAGAAAGAAUGAAAGAACAACCUUAUUGGGGUCAAUCUGAUCGUUCAUGAAAAUUUAGAAUGCUUAACUUUUUAUAUUUUAGGUGGUCAAUGGGUGUAUCAUAAACGGAAAUAUAAACCACUAUUACAAGAUAAACGAAGGUUUCCAGAUUCGUCAUUUAGUGCUUCUGCUUCUUCAGAAGGUCACAGUGCUUUUGAUGCAAGAAUAUCUAGUGGUAGUUCUUGGUGUGCUCCUGUCUCAAAUGACACGCAUUAUCUUCAAGUGGACUUAGGAAAACAGUAUGAGAUCUCUUAUCUCGUGACAUAUGGUGACAGUACCAGCCCAAAAUGGGUGACCACGUAUAUACUGCAUUACACCAUUGACUUGAACUGGAAAACCAAAGGGGUGAGAAGGAAUGAUAUAACUAAAAAAUGAUAUCAUAGCAUGUACUUAUUUAGCAUAUUGUUGUGACUUCUUUUUGUUAACGAUGCAUCUCUCACCAUUCUUGUUGUAGAUACGUCGAGGAAACAAGAAUGCUUACGAUCUUGCAGCUUGGGAAUAUUUAUAUUAUAUUUACGCAAGAGCAUUACGAUUCAUUCCAUUGACAUACGUAGGUCAACCGUGUAUGAGAAUUGAGAUUUGGGGUAGAAGUAAGUGUUUGUUUGUUUGUUUGUUUGUUUGUUUGUUUGUUUGUUUGUUUGUUUGUUUGUUUGUUUGUUUGUUUGUUUGUUUGUUUGUUUGUUUGUUUGUUUGUUUGUUUGUUUGUUUGUUUGUUUGUUUGUUUGUUUGUUUGUCGGUAUGUUAAUUCGAUCCUCCUUUUACAAAAACAAUUUAUUACACACUCAAAAAUUAUAUUUUAUACUUUUUCUUAUAGCUAUGUUACCAGACGAACCAACAAACCUCACCGUCACUAACAUCACGUCUAGAAGUGCUGAAAUAUCUUGGCUAGAUCCUAAAAAUCGAGGAAUAUAUGGUCUUUCACGCUUUCGAAUUAAACUGAAGAAAGAAAACUCUCUAAUCUCAGUCAGCAUUACAGGGAAAGUGAAUGAAUAUAAAAUAAAUAAUCUCACUCCGUAUACUACUUAUGAAAUAUAUGUAGCUGCUGGAAGUUAUUCUAGCUUUAGAUUUGGUGAAUUUGGUGAAGAGAGUAUUACUUCGUUCCUAACAUCUGAAGUAGGUGUGUAUUAAAAGAUAUGCGUUAUUGCGUUUUUCUGCAAGGCGAAACAUGGUUCCUUUGUACACUCGAAAUGUCUACUUCAGUUAAUACAUAAAAUUUCAAUAAAAGCAUCUGUUUAUAUAUACACUUUAGCUCCAAGCGGUCCACCAUUGAACAUCACAACCACAUCAAGAAGUGCAUCGUCAUUGUCUUUCACUUGGGAUCCUCCUGACACAACUAAACAAAAUGGUGUCAUUAUCAGUUAUACAGCGUGUGUUUCACAUUCAGAAAAUGGUGCUUGCUUUCAGACAUUUGUCACAAGUGAAAGAAAGUGGCUCGUCGGAAAUUUGAAUCCAUUAACAAGAUAUUAUGUUCGUAUUCUUGCAAGUACUAAAGUUGGUCAUGGAAACUACAGUGAAAGUGAAGGAUUUUUUACGAAUGGAAGUAAGUACAACACACAUGUCGUAUAUCGUAUAUAUAUCGCUAUUUUCCGGUUUGUGACCCUAAAAAAAUGUCUGUUACAAUUUGGCUUAGUCAUUUUAUGUCGUUUUAGUAAAGAGUUGUUCCAAUCGCAUUUAGCACAUAAAAAGAUAAGAUAUAGACAACAUCACUGCCGAAUCUGAAUAAAGAUCUAUAUUUUACGUUUUGAUAUUUGAUAACAGUUCACUUUAAUUUUUCCUACAGAACCGGCUGAAGAGGCCAUUGCUGAAACAUCAAGUACACUGACAUUUUCAUUGAAAAUUCCAUCAAAAACGUUUGUGUAAGUAUAUUUGACUUUUUCAUGCAAAAAAAUAGUUAAUAAUUAUUAUAUAAUAUAUCAUUUGGUUUAUAUGAAGAAGGCAAAUUUUGAUUGAUAGAUAUUUCUACGUGGUGGCUUUGAAAUUAAAAGAUGGCAAAGAGCCUGCAUCAUCUGACAGUUACGAGGACAACGAGUUAGUGACGUAUGCCGAGGCGGAAAAAUCGAGCAAUCCGAAACCUUAUAUUGCCGCAGUAGUUACAUCCAGCGGUGUUGAUGGAAACAUGUUUGUACUUGGUGAUGGCAGAAAUACAGAUGAUUCAACUUCACGAAAACGGAGGUCAACUACAAGUGAUUAUUUUAAUGGUCCGUUGGAGCCUGUCACUAGUUAUAGUGUUUUUCAAAGGAUUAUUAUCAAUGAAAUGGUAUGGUAUUGGGUGGGGUGUGGGGACAGCGAACUUUCAGUUGAACGCACUGAUCUCAAAAUUGGGCUGGAUUAUAGAUCCAAUAGCGGCCAUAUCGCCAUAGAUAUUCCGUGGGCAUUGCAGGAAAAGUUCAGGCAAACGAAAGGGCAAAUUGAAGCUUACUAUAUAAUGGGGGCAAAUCUCAGUUGAUAUACCCGAAACCUAAAACCAAGAAAAUUUUUUUUCACCUUUUGGCUGCAAUUCAAGUAUUCAAUCCUGGUUUUAUCCACAAUCCUCACUGUUUUACAUUUAUUUGUGGCGAAAAAUUAAGCAAAUAGACCUUGUGCAUAAUGACGUCACAAGGCCCGCGAGGAAUGCUGGUCUUAAUAGUCAUCGCCAGAGCAAUAAAUUAUUUUCUUCUUUACUAUAGGGUGAAUAUUACUCCACUGACUGGAGUCCUCCUUCAAAAACGAGUGAAGAUACAGGUAUAUUUCUUCCAUGUAAUUUGAUACUGAUUAUUAGGUUAGAUUAUACAAUUACUUUAUGGUUUCCGUGUUUGGAUGGCCUGAUCCAAACACGCGGGAAUGUUGCGAGAGUUAAGAAAAGCG